AUGUCGCAGAUCCUCCGCCGCCGCCUCUCCGCCCACUCCCACGGCUGCCGCCGCCUCAGCUCCGCGGUCUACGGCGGCGGCGGCGGGAGGCGGCGUGCCGGGGCCGUGCAGCCGCCGCAGGACGACGAGGCCAGCCGGGCGGUGCGGGUGUCGGUGUGGUGGGACUUCGAGAACUGCAACAUCCCCAACGGCGUUAACGUCUACCGCGUCGCCCCGCGCGUGUCCGCCGCGCUCCGCGCCGCCGGCAUCCGCGGGCCGCUCUCCAUCACCGCCUUCGGCGACGUGCUGCAGCUCGCGCGGUCCUCACAGGAGGCGCUCGCCGCCACGGGCGUCUCCAUCUCCCACGUCCCAAGCAGUGGGAAUAAUAGUUCUGACCGCUCUUUUAUGGCUGAUCUUGUCUACUGGAUUGCUCAGAAUCCGCCACCAGUUCAUUUCUUCCUUAUAUCUGGGGAUAAAGAUUUUGCAAACAUCUUGCAUCGGUUGCGAAUGAGCAACUACAAUGUACUGCUUGCUUGUCCUAGUAAUGCUACCAGUGUACUGUGCAGUGCAGCAACAAUCAUGUGGCCUUGGGAUGGUUUAGUUAGAGGGGAGGAUUUGUCACCAAAACGUUUUAACCACCCACCGGAUGGUUUACAUGGAUCUUGGUAUGGUCACUACCGAGGAGCCCUUGAUGACCCCUCCCUGGAGAAGGAAUCAAAGGAACCCAUCAAGGUAGCAUCUGAUCCAAAGCAUUUUUCAGUACCAUCUGAUACCAAGCCUAGCCCAGUCCCUAAAUAUGUAACAAAUGCAAUUCUGGAGAUACUACCUUCAUAUCCUGAAGGGAUGAGGAUCUCAGAUCUCCGAGUACAGCUUAUAAAGAACAGAAUUGAUCUGGGUACAGAUUUUUUUGGCCACAUGAAAUUCUCUUGCCUUCUUGAAUCAAUGCCAGAUGUUAAAUUAGUAGGUCCUCCAAAUGGUGAAAACGAACCAUAUGCAAUUCCUGUCAACAAAAGACUUCUGCAGCCUGGUGACAGAGCCCUUGAUGGCCCCUUCCUGGAGAAGGAAUCAGAGGAACCCAUCAAGGUACCAUCUGAGUCCCAGCAUUGUUCAGUACCAUCUGAUACCAAGCCUAGCUCAGUUCCUAAAUAUGUAACAAAUGCAAUUCUGGAGGUACUGCCUUCAUAUCCUGAAGGGAUCAACCUUUCACUACUCCGGGGAGAGCUUAAGAAGAAAAAAAUUUGUCUCGGUCCAGAUUUUUUUGGCCACAAGAAAUUCUCUUGCCUUCUCCAAUCAAUACCAGAUAUUGUUGAAUUAGUGGGUCUUCAAACUGGUGAAGGAUAUGCAAUUGCUGUCAACAGAAGAUUGCUGCAGCCUGGUGACGGAUGUACUAAGACCCUUAGCUCAGCUCAAUGUAAUGUCAGGGAGAAUAACCCAACUGGGACAGCACACACUAAUAAGAAGCAUACACUAAGUUCUUCUCAAAGCAUUGACCGGAGCGGAAGCUUCACAGAGACACUAAGUGAACACCUACCUACAUUUUCUGUGUUACCUUCCCCAUCAAAUGGGCUAUCUGAGGACCAAAAUGAGUGCCCAGUGGCUGAUGUGAGUGGGUCGACAGAGUCACCAGCAAAGCACAGGGAAGUUGAUGAAAUGACUACCCCUGGAACUCCCUCUUCCUCAGGGGUGGAAAAUGCUGCUAACAAAGAUGGAUUCUUUAAAAGGAUCUGGACAAUGUGGAAUGGCCCCGAGAAUGUUAAGUCUGAGGUUUCUCAAAAUUGUGAAAGCACUUCUGCUGAAGUGAUUGAUGAUUUGCAAACUCCUCUAGAAGAGUGUAAUGCUGAUCGCCGUACAAAGCUUUUGAGGAGGAUCCAUAAGACCUCUUCCAAAAAUGACCGCUCAGAUGGUACUGAGAGCACGGCAGCAGUAAGUGAUAAUUUAUCAAUUUCAUUAGGUGAUGAUCAUUCUGAAAAAAUAAAGAGAGAUCCAUCAAUUCCUGAAAACCCAGAACCAUGCAGAAAACCUGUUGCUGUUUCCAUGAGUAAAUCUGGAAAAAAGGAUGAUAUUUCUGAAAUGAAUCGGGGCCUGUUUAACUGGGCUUCAAGGUGGUGGACGUUUGGAAAAUCAGAUGCAGAUAGUAGUACAACCAACAUAAAUGCCGCUGAUGAACCGAAGUCUGACUCUAUUGAAGAAUUUGAAUCUUCAAAUGCUCCAACUUAUGGAAGUGCACAGCAGGUGGUUCAUGAAAUAUUUACAAAGCCUGAUUUGUGGGCAGUUUUGGAGCAACAGUUAUCAGAACCUCUUGGGUCUGAGGUUAUUUUGAAAGCAAAGACAAGUGGGAAGCCACAAAAGGGCAAGUAUGUUGAUGAUAAAAGUAGGAAAAACAAGUCUUUCACUAGGGAGGAGAUACUAUCAGAUUGUCACAAGUUGUUGAAGGAGCUUCUUUCUGAGUCUGAAUAUGGAUUCAACAUUGGAAUUUUCAAGCGUCGCUUUACUCAGAAGUAUGGAUACGAGCUUGAUCACCGGAAGCUUGGGUAUCCGGACCUUGAAUCACUGUUGCAAAUUAUGCCUGAUGCAAGGGUCAAAUUCCCAAGGGUUAUGCCUUCAGAACACAGGAACGGCCAGGGUGGCAACAAGGGAAAUGGAAACCGAAGCAAUGGCGAUGACUUGAUUUGGGAGGAGCUUGGUCCUGUAUCUGCCACUACUGAAACUGCUGCUGCAGGGGUCAACAAGGAAAUGUGCUACUGUCCUCCCACUCCUUCAGAUGAUGAAUUCUCGGAUAGCGACAGUAUAAAGGAUCAGCAGCCUAGAAGAAAUGCUGAGCAGCAGAGCUCCCUUCUCCAGAUCAUUGGUUCUUGGAACAGUAGCAAGAGUGAUGGCUCUAGCAAGAAACCUCUAGACAUUGAUGGGUUGGUGGACUGUUCUAGAGGCGGCCCAGGCAAUCUUGACAGUAUGGCCUCAGGAAAGGCUCAGACGUCUUCAAAACUAUUGCAUAGGCAGUACUCUUUCGUGUCAGACUCCGGGGAAGACAGUGAGCCGGAUAAGCUAGUUGAGAGUGUCUUGGGCAGUCUGCAAAAAGCACGGGGCUCAAAGUUGCACAAUUGA